UUUUCAGUCAAACUGUGUGAUCAACAUGGUCUGGUUUUCGUUCUCUUUACUUGUGACGCUGUUGGCAGUCGCGACCGCGUUCGACCACACUGUUGUGGUCCCCAAGGCAUUAAGAGUUGACGCCGACGAAAAGAUUAUUGUAAACCUCCAUGGUUAUAACAGGGCUACAAUUACCGGAUAUUUGCAGGAUCUUCCUGGAUUACAAACUUUCUUCAGUCGAACCGGGCAGCGUGUUCUAACACCGGCGCAAUGCCAAAACCCGAUCGAAAUGACUUUCAGGGUCACUCGUGACCCACAAGGAGCAGACGGAAUCGCCAGUUUUGGGUUGACACAGAAAGUUCGUUUAACCAUCCAAGUAACGAACAGUAAUUCAGAUUUCACCGAAAACAUUGACGUACUCGUCAGCAAACAAAGCGGUUAUAUUUACGUCAUCACCGAUCGACCAAUUUACAAACCCAAUGACACAGUUAAGAUCUCAGCGUUCCUAUUAAACCAAAACAUGGGCCACCAGACUGGAGUGGAUGCAGAAAUUACAAUCCAGACUCCAGAUGGAAUUGGUUUGGUCAGAGAAUCAUUUGUUGAUCUACAAAGUAAUAGAUUAAAUCAUGAGUUCGCAAUCAAUGAGAAUCCCAUUUAUGGAACAUGGAGUAUUGAAGUGAAGUUUUCUUCAGAUGGUUACACCACAUCAAGCACAACAAGUUUUAAGAUUGAUAAAUAUGUUCUUCCGACAUUUGAUGUGGCACUGCAACUUGCCCAAAGCCACAUUUUGACAAGUGACCCUCGUAUAACUGGCACUAUCUAUGCGAACUAUAGCUAUGGCGAACCGGUAAAUGGCAAUGUCUAUCUUUCUGCAACUCUACAGAAGCUGCCAGGUGGUCCAGCAAUCAAGUUUUAUCAGAUACCACCAAGAAUAACCCGAACGGCAUUAUUCAGAAAUGGUGUGAAGCCUUUUAGCAUCCCACUAGCUGAACUCAUUGGCAUUUUGCAACCUGGUGAAACUCUGGCACAAAUGUCAGACCAAGGAGCCGUGGUUUCUAUUUUUGCGACAGUGAACGGUGAGGCUGAUGGUGUUAUGGAAUCUGCAGUCAUUUCAAACAUCCCAAUUUUAAGAACACCAUACAGAAUUGAUAAGUCACGUGCAUUGAAGUAUCACACCCCUGGAAUUUCUUAUUUGCUACAGGUUGAUGUACAAGAUGUUGUCACUCAUCAAAACAUGGCGAAUAUUCCAGUCAGAAUAGAAAUAACUGGUCCCAAUGGUCAACGUGUUAUACGUAAUAGUACCGCAAAUCAAAAUGGCCAAGUGAAUUAUCCUCACAACUUCGAUACAACUGGAACACAGUUCAUCAAAGUGACCACUGCUAAGCCUAAUCUUGGAGCUGCCAAUCAGGCUACUGUUAAUAUUACAGUUGAAGCAUAUAACUCUCCAGGCCAGAGGUUCCUCACGGUGACACCAAACCCACACACUGUUGAUGUUGGCCGUGAGGUUCAUAUUACGCUUGCUUUCAAUCAACCCACACCUGCAGAAAUUCGGUUCUAUGUUGUCUCUCGUGGAAGUGUGGUGUUGGUUGGAAGGAUUGUUCCUCCAGCAAACAGCCACAAUAUUGUGCAGAUUAUACAAGUUACACAAGCAAUGGUUCCAUCUAUGAGGGUCAUUGCUUAUUUCCUACACGGGGCAGAAGUUGUCUCGAAUUCUGCUUUUGUGAAUGUGGUGAACAGAUGUGAAACUGAAUUAACCGUAACAACAAACCGAAACACAGUGAAACCUGGUGCUCCAAUAACAUACACUAUUGAAGGUGCCCAAAAUGCUGAUGUGCUUUUAUAUGGCGUUGAUCGUGCUGCUUACUUCUUGUACAACGGAAGUCGUUUGACUCGCAACUCCAUGUUCAGUGACAUGGCAGCUUAUGACCAAGGCUGUGUCAGUAAUGGUGGAAGUGAUGGCCCUAACGUGUUCUUUGGAGCUGGGUUAACGCUAACAACUCCAACACACAAGCCUGGAGCUUUGGAUACCUUGGACUGCACUGCUGCGGCACAGAGUAGAAAGAAACGACAGAUACAAGUUGAACAAGAUCUAAGUAUUGAGGCAAAGCUACACAAAUGUGGGGAAGAUGGAAAGAAAAAAAGUUUUUCAGAAUAUGACACAUGUGAAAUGCAAAGAGACAGAGUGAUUUAUACUUUUGAUGACGCCAUUCCUGGUUGUUCUGAACGAUUUUAUGCAGAAUGUAUUGCCUUGGCUAGACUCAACUCUGGUACAAGACGUCAAAGAGUCCAAGGAAGAAGUAUUGGAGUAAACGGCGCAGUGGAACGGAGUGUUGCAAGUGCUGUGCGAAAAGAUUUUGCAGAAGCCUUAUAUUUAGAUCCCUCAACAUUGGAGCAGGGAAGGAGGCAGAUUACUGCUAAAGCGAGGGACAGUAUUACAACUUAUGAAAUAGACGCAAUGGCUUCAGCAGAUACUCCAGAUGGUUUCUGCAUUGCACCCACCACUAAUGUGAAAGUGUUUAAAAAUGUUUUCGUUCAAGUUUACACUCCUUACUCCUUGAAAAAGCGGGAACAAGCACUGAUAAAGCUCUCUGUAUUUAACUAUGGUGACACUCUAGUUACGGUGGAUAUUAUGAUGAGGGCUCAUCCUGUACUGUGCACACACUUCCGUACAGAUGGCAGCUAUGACUUAGUUCGGACGAUAAGUGUUGGUCCAAACAGUGCAGGUUCAGCUUCUUUUGCUGUCCUUCCACUUCGAAUUCCUGCAGGAGAUAUUCCCAAGGCUACAGUGGAAGUAUACAUCACUGACAAUCGGAAUAGAACUUAUGAUAGUGUUAAGAAGGAGAUUCUGAUUGAGGAUGAAGGGGAACUUAAAGACAUCUAUGAGACUUUCCCGAUUGAUUUAAAAAAUAGCAGAGUUCAACAGACUCAAAUAAAUUUCACUUUUCCUGAACAAUUUGUUUUGGGGACAAGAAAGUGCAUGCUGUAUGCUUACAUGGACUUCAUGGGACCAGCGAUAGAAGUUGAUCCGGUAACACAAGAAGCAAACAAUGUGAACAGUCUUAUCAGGCAACCAUAUGGUUGUGGGGAACAGACCAUGAUAUAUGCUGGACCUACUGUCUUUGCACUUCAAUAUUUAGUGACAACGGGUACAAUUACACCUAAUUCACCAGAAUACAAUUCAGCAGUGAACAAAAUAGAAGCAGCUUUCCAGAGAGAGAUGACUUAUAGGACAACACAUACAAAUCCAAGAGUGUGGUCUGUAUUCACACAUUACUUGCCAAGCACUUGGUUAAAUGCUUUCGUUGACAAAGUUUUUUACCAUGGAAGACGUUAUGAUACGGAUAUGAAUGUUGGGCCUAUUUGUAAUUCACUCAACUUUUUAAUCGGGGAACAAAUGGCUGGUGGACAUUUCCGUGAGCGAAGACCACCACUUCACAGGGAGAUGCAUGGAGCAGUAAAAGGACCUAUGACUUUGACAGCAUAUGUUGCAAUAAGCAUGGGGGAGAUUGAUUCCAUUUGCUUACCUGAGUUGAAUCAAAGAGUGAUCGCAUCAAGAGUUAGUGCAAUGAACUAUUUGGAACAACAUAAGGACCAUGCAACAUUCCAACGCCCAUAUCCACUUUCACUCUUGGCUUACGCAGCUGCGUUACACAACCCUCGCAGCCAGUUAGCAAUUGAGAUGAAUGCCAGGUUGAUGGCCAUGAAACAGACCUCAGGGAACGGGGCCUAUGUGUUUUGGAGAGCAAAAACUCUUGCUGAAAUAUCAGGGACUAAUGCACAUGCAUACUGGUAUAGAACGCGACCACUUGCGCUUGAUAUUGAAACCACCAGCUACGCUUUAUUGGCACAAGUUGCUAUGUCCAAAGCGAAAGACCCAUUGGUACAAGCAGAUUUGGAUCUUGGACGCAAAAUCUCUUUGUGGUUGAUUAGUCAGAGGAAUUCAAAUGGUGGCUUCAGGUCAACACAAGAUACAGUGAUUGGGCUGCAAGCUUUGUCUACCUACUUAUCAUGGAUAAGUACUGUGGAACCAGGAAUUGCUAAUCCUAGAAUCGAUUUUGAGAUGGAGGGAGCAGCAGGGUCAGCGUGGGCUCCUCCUAACGCAUACACAAACCAUAUUGAUAACACAAAUCAAAGAUUAAAAAAACAAAUGGCUGUGCCUAAAAAUGUCAUUGAAGGGACAAUCGUAGACGUGACUUCACGUGGAAAGGGACAAGGGAUUCUUUCCUAUCGGUGCACAUACCGUACAGUAGUGGAUGAAGAGAGUUGUCAUUACAACCUUAGUACGAAUGUCCGUGUCAUGAAUCCUGGUGUACAAGGAAAGAGAAUUAAAAUCACUAUCACGGUUUCUAAACCACUUGGUCCCCAGUCCGAAGCAACCAUUCUUGAUGUUGGUUUCAUGUCAGGCUACAAGGCAGUUGAUCAAACUUUGGAGGAUUUAUCUAUUGAUGAGAAUGUGGCUGGUGUUGUUGACAGAUAUGAGGUGACAAAUCACAAUGUCUUGUUUUAUCUGAAUCGAAUAACAAGCCAAAGCAUGAAUAUUUCGUUUGAAAUGCGUCAAAUGGUUCUAGUUAGGAAACCCCAACCCGGAAAGAUAAAUAUAUACGAGUACUAUGAACCAGUGGUCCACUGUGGUCAGUUCUACUCUCUCCCUGAUACCACCCCUGAUUUGCAAACUUCCAAUUGUGAAACUGGAGCAAAUAAUGAUGAUAAUCUGUGCAGGUGUGCAGAAGGUGGAUGCCCUACUUGCAGGACCCGUAAUGAUACAUUGUUAAAACUUCAUGUGUUGGUUGAGGUGGGUGCAGCAUGUGGAACAUGCACUCAAAAUAGGUGCUACAACCAUCGUGAUGAGGGCUGUUCAGCGAAGUAUGUGUAUAAAGUUAGGGUUAUUGGAGUAAGGGAAGAUUCGGUUUUUGUCAACUUAGAUGCUGUAAUUGAAGAUGUGUAUAGAUCAGGAAGUGACAAUGUUCAAAAUGGAACUGUCCGAACAUUUGUGAUAAGAAAUGACUGUCAUGCAUCUUGUCGUGACACAGACGAAGAUUUAAGGCUGCUUCGAAACAACAGACCAGCAAAGGAUACAAGGCUGUUUAAAGAAGGUAGGGUGCUGCUAAUAACUGGUUCGCUUAUUGAGAGAAGACAGAACAGAAAUGGACUCUCACAGACAGUGUAUCAAGUUGAUGAACAGACAACAGCAGAGAGAAUGGUAACAGACGUGGUGUGUGCGAGGGCAAAGCGUGUUCUUGUAAGAUGCGCCGGAAACCGGCCUCCUAGGCAAAGUAAAUGCGUGAAAAACAGAAAGUUGAAUGCAAUAUGCGAAAAUAUGAAACGCCUGAAAGAAAGUUUAAAUGAUAUUGGAUGUGAUUAAAACUGGAUCAAAAAUUGUGCUGAUUCAUUGUCAUAAUUGUGUAUAGGUUUGCUUUGCAGGGCACUGCAGUAAUUUUAAAUGUAUAUUUUAUUUCAUUGUAUACUGGUGAUAUAUCGGCAUUAAUAAAUUAAAACAAGUGCA